AUGCACGAUAAUGAUCCCAGUGUGUGGGGUUCGAGCAUUUUAGGUGAAGAAGAGAAAGAAAUAAAAAAACAAAAGUAUUUCUCCAGAAGAAGAAUCGUCAUCGUCUUUCUAAUUAUUUUCAUCAUUUUGGUUUUGGUAGCAGCAAUUGCAACGGCAAUCAUUCUUUCCCAAAGAGAAUCCACACAACCGACAGACGUGAAAAUUGUCUUAAAUGUACGAUUGAACGAAACAUACCGGACUGAAUACAGUGACCUGAAUGAUCCAGUUACGAGAAAUUUCACAAAGAGACUCACCUACGAGGUAGAUCAGAAAAUGAACACCAGCAACAUUAGUAAUGUCUACAUUAGCUCCAAAGUAACGAACCUGAGAAACGGUUCGGUAAUUGCAGCCUUUCUGAUGCUCUUUAAGGAAGAAACUCCCACAGAUAUCCCAGGAACAAAAGUGAAGCCGGCGGAAGUCGCGAAUCUUUUAACGAAAAGUAACUUGAAUUUUCUCGAGAAACCAACUGCUUGUUAUACGGACGACGCCAACACAGAAAGGAUCUGCAAUCCCAAAACAACACCAGCAGCAACGGUAACAAAUGCGAUCCCCACUUACAAGACAACGUUGAAAGCUCAGGGCACUACAGUCGAAACCUCUGCUCCAUCUACAGCGACAGAUUCAAAUAUUCAACCCGUUACUUCUUCAAUAUUUUCAAGCAACAAUGAUGUAACUACUACUGUUCUGUUAAGCACAACGCAAAUUGCUACCGUUACAGGCGAAAUUAAUUCAUCAUCUACUCCGACAGAUUCAACCAAUGUUGUAAGUACUUCUGAUGCAUCAACCACACCACAAAUUACGUCUACUACAGGCGGAACUGUUGCAUCAUCCACACCGACCGAUUCAACCACACAAUCAGUGACUUCACCUACACUUACAAGCACCAAUGUUGUAAGUACUUCUGAUGCAUCAACCACACAACAAAUUACGUCUACUACAGGGGGAACCGUUGCUUCAUCCACACCGACCGAUUCAUCCACACAAUCAGUGACUUCACCUACACUUACAAGCACCAAUGUUGUUAGUACUUCUGAUGCAUCAACCACACCACAAAUUACGUCUACUACAGGCGGAACCGUUGCAUCAUCCACACCGACCGAUUCAACAACACAAUCAGUGACUUCACCUACACUUACAAGCACCAAUGUUGUAAGUACUUCUGAUGCAUCAACCACACAACAAAUUACGUCUACUACCGGGGGAACCGUUGCUUCAUCCACACCGACCGAUUCAACCACACAAUCAGUGACUUCACCUACACUUACAAGCACCAAUGUUGUAAGUACUUCUGAUGCAUCAACCAAACCACAAAUUACGUCUACUACAGGCGGAACCGUUGCAUCAUCCACACCGACCGAUUCAACCACACAAUCAGUGACUUCACCUACACUUACAAGCACCAAUGUUGUAAGUACUUCUGAUGCAUCAACCACACCACAAAUUACGUCUACUACAGGCGGAACCGUUGCAUCAUCCACACCGACCGAUUCAACCACACAAUCAGUGACUUCACCUACACUUACAAGCACCAAUGUUGUAAGUACUUCUGAUGCAUCAACCACACCACAAAUUACGUCUACCACCGGGGGAACCGUUGCAUCAUCCACACCGACCGAUUCAACCACACAAUCAGUGACUUCACCUACACUUACAAGCACCAAUGUUGUAAGUACUUCUGAUGCAUCAACCACACCACAAAUUACGUCUACUACAGGCGGAACCGUUGCAUCAUCCACACCGACCGAUUCAACCACACAAUCAGUGACUUCACCUACACUUGCAAGCACCAAUGUUGUUAGUACUUCUGAUGCAUCAACCACACCACAAAUUACGUCUACCACCGGGGGAACAGUUGCAUCAUCGACACCGACCGAUUCAACCACACAAUCAGUGACUUCACCUACACUUACAAGCACCAAUGUUGUUAGUACUUCUGAUGCAUCAACCACACAACAAAUUACGUCUACUACAGGCGGGACCGUUGCAUCAUCCACACCGACCGAUUCAACCACACACUCAGUGACUUCACCUACACUUGCAAGCACCAAUGUUGUUAGUACUUCUGAUGCAUCAACCACACCACAAAUUACGUCUACUACCGGGGCAACCGUUGCAUCAUCCACACCGACCGAUUCAACCACACAAUCAGUGACUUCACCUACACUUGCAAGCACCAAUGUUGUUAGUACUUCUGAUGCAUCAACCACACCACAAAUUACGUCUACUACAGGCGGAACAGUUGCAUUAUCCACACCGACCGAUUCAUCCACACACUCAGUGACUUCACCUACACUUGCAAGCACCAAUGUUGUUAGUACUUCUGAUGCAUCAACCACACCACAAAUUACGUCUACUACCGGCGGAACCGUUGCAUCAUCGACACCGACCGAUUCAACCACACAAUCAGUGACUUCACCUACACUUGCAACCACCAAUGUUGUUGAUGCAUCCACACAACAAAUUACUUCGUUGCAUCAUGCAUCAACCACAACAGUGAAAAUUACUACCAAUGUUGUAAGUACUUCUGAUGCAUCAACCACACCACAAAUUACGUCUACUACCGGCGGAACCGUUGCAUCAUCGACACCGACCGAUUCAACCACACAAUCAGUGACUUCACCUACACUUACAAGCACCAAUGUUGUUAGUACUUCUGAUGCAUCAACCACACCACAAAUUACGUCUACUACCGGCGGAAGUGUUGCAUCAUCCACACCGACCGAUUCAACCACACAAUCAGUGACUUCACCUACACUUACAACCACCAAUGUUGUAAGUACUUCUGAUGCAUCCACACAACAAAUUACGUCUACUACCGGGGGAACCGUUGCAUCAUCCACACCGACGGACUCAACCACACAAUCAGUGACUUCACCUACACUUACAAGUACCAAUGUUGUAAGUACUUCUGAUGCAUCAACUACACCACAAAUUACGUCUACUACCGGGGGAACUGUUGCAUCAUCCACACCGACCGAUUCAACCACACAAUCAGUGACUUCACCUACACUUACAACCACCAAUGUUGUAAGUACUUCUGAUGCAUCAACCACACAACAAAUUACGUCUACAACCGGGGGAACCGUUGCAUCAUCCACACCGACGGACUCAACCACACAAUCAGUGACUUCACCUACACUUACAAGUACCAAUGUUGUAAGUACUUCUGAUGCAUCAACUACACCACAAAUUAAGUCUACUACCGGGGGAACUGUUGCAUCAUCCACACCGACCGAUUCAACCACACAAUCAGUGACUUCACCUACACUUACAAGCACCAAUGUUGUUAGUACUUCUGAUGCAUCAACCACACCACAAAUUACGUCUACUACCGGCGGAAGUGUUGCAUCAUCCACACCGACCGAUUCAACCACACAAUCAGUGACUUCACCUACACUUACAACCACCAAUGUUGUAAGUACUUCUGAUGCAUCAACCACACAACAAAUUACGUCUACUACCGGGGAACCGUUGCAUCAUCCACACCGACGGAUUCAACCACACAAUCAUACUUCUGAUGCAUCAACUACACCACAAAUUACGUCUACUACCGGGGGAACUGUUGCAUCAUCCACACCGACCGAUUCAACCACACAAUCAAUGACUUCACCUACACUUACAAGCACCAAUGUUGUUAGUACUUCUGAUGCAUCAACCACACCACAAAUUACGUCUACUACCGGCGGAACUGUUGCAUCAUCCACACCGACCGAUUCAACCACACAAUCAGUGACUUCACCUACACUUACAAGCACCAAUGUUGUAAGUACUUCUGAUGCAUCAACCACACCACAAAUUACGUCUACUACCGGGGGAACUGUUGCAUCAUCCACACCGACCGAUUCAUCCACACAAUCAGUGACUUCACCUACACUUACAAGCACCAAUGUUGUUAGUACUUCUGAUGCAUCAACCACACCACAAAUUACGUCUACCACCGGGGGAACCGUUGCAUCAUCCACACCGACCGAUUCAACCACACAAUCAGUGACUUCACCUACACUUACAAGUACCAAUGUUGUAAGUACUUCUGAUGCAUCAACCACACCACAAAUUACGUCUACUACCGGCGGAACUGUUGCAUCAUCCACACCGACCGAUUCAACCACACAAUCGGUGACUUCACCUACACAUACAAGCACCAAUGUUGUAAGUACUUCUGAUGCAUCAACUACACCACAAAUUACGUCUACUACCGGCGGAACUGUUGCAUCAUCCACACCGGCCGAUUCAACCACACAAUCAGUGACUUCACCUACACUUACAACCACCAAUUUUGUAAGUACUUCUGAUGCAUCAACCACACAACAAAUUACGUCUACUACCGGGGGAACCGUUGCAUCAUCCACACCGACGGACUCAACCACACAAUCAGUGACUUCACCUACACUUACAAGUACCAAUGUUGUAAGUACUUCUGAUGCAUCAACUACACCACAAAUUAAGUCUACUACCGGGGGAACUGUUGCAUCAUCCACACCGACCGAUUCAACCACACAAUCAGUGACUUCACCUACACUUACAAGCACCAAUGUUGUUAGUACUUCUGAUGCAUCAACCACACCACAAAUUACGUCUACUACCGGCGGAAGUGUUGCAUCAUCCACACCGACCGAUUCAACCACACAAUCAGUGACUUCACCCGACACUUACAACCACCAAUGUUUACCAAUGUUUGUAAGUACUUCUGAUGCAUCAACUACACCCAAAUUACGUCUACUACCGGGGAACUGUUGCAUCAUCCACACCGACCGAUUCAACCACACAAUCAAUGACUUCACCUACACUUUUACAAGCACCAAUGUUGUUAGUACUUCUGAUGCAUCAACCACACCACAAAUUACGUCUACUACCGGCGGAACUGUUGCAUCAUCCACACCGACCGAUUCAACCACACAAUCAGUGACUUCACCUACACUUACAAGCACCAAUGUUGUAAGUACUUCUGAUGCAUCAACCACACCACAAAUUACGUCUACUACCGGGGGAACUGUUGCAUCAUCCACACCGACCGAUUCAACCACACAAUCAGUGACUUCACCUACACUUACAAGCACCAAUGUUGUAAGUACUUCUGAUGCAUCAACUACACCACAAAUUACGUCUACUACCGGCGGAACUGUUGCAUCAUCCACACCGACCGAUUCAACCACACAAUCAGUGACUUCACCUACACUUACAACCACCAAUGUUGUAAGUACUUCUGAUGCAUCAACUACACCACAAAUUACGUCUACUACCGGGGAACUGAUGCAUCAUCCACAAUUGACCGGACCGAUUCAACCACACAAUCAAUGA